GCCUUCUUGGCAAUCUCGAAGACCGCUGCUUCAUGGAAGGCUUCAUGUCGGUUUCUGUGGAAAUUCCUGGAGAGGGUCGCUUUGAUGUUCCAUUGGAGAUUGGGACUACCAAGGCGUUGCUUCUUUGGCUCCAUGAGACCUGGCCAGAAAGACCAUGGCAUGGCAACAAACUGCUGUCAUGCGGACUGCGUCAAUUCCAGCCGGACGAUGUGAUCGAUGCAGCAACUGCGUUGGUCUUGACCAACUAUUCGGAGAUCAGCAAGAAGGCGGCGUGUGACCUUCCAGACGCUGCGGAACGAGGAAUCACUUUGCCGCAGUUGCAGCUGCUGGUGGACUUCGCUGCAAAGAUGGCGAACAAAUGGUGCGAGACCACUGGUGACCAUGCCGGUUCUCCGCUGGAGUUCAAGACCUUCAACUUUUACCAUGCAAAUGUUUGGAUCAUUAAGCCAGCUACGGAAGGCUACAACCAAACGGGAUGUAGUUUGGUGGAGAUCCUGAAUGAGGAAGUGCAGAGACCCUCUUGGUUUGUGUCGCAUGCUUGGAUCGAGCCCAUGUGCCAGUUUUGGUGGUGCUUGCAAAAGCAUGCGUUGAUCCGAGAGCUGCCAAAUACCAUGGCCUAUUGGAUUUGCGCAAGUGCCAACAAUCAGCACGACCUUGGGGAAGAGCUCAGAACCGGUGACAGGGCAUUUCGCCGGGCCAUGCUGAUGUGUGAGGGUGUUCUUUUGGUGCUCGAUUCUGUUGGGACUCCAUUCGAGCGAUGUUGGUGUUGCUUUGAAGUAUCCAUGGCGAUUGAUCUUCAAGAGUCUCAGGGGUCUGGACGUCGUUUGUUGCUGGAUGUGGGAGUGACAGAUGCCUAUGACCAAGUUCAUGUGCUCACCGAUGGUUUGGCUGGGGCCGAGCGCCGCAUGCUGGGCACCGUGGGGCGUCAUCAGAAGUCGCUCCGAGAACGGGACUUUCCGGUGGACCUUUUGCUCCGCGGCCUUCGAGUGAAGAUCGAAGAGGCACAAGCUACGCAGAUGAGUGAUAAAGACUGGAUUCUGAAGAACCUUCCGACUUUCCAGCGAGAUUACGCAGACAAGAUGCUUGCCUCUCAUUUUGCCUUAGCCAGUUGGUCCGGUCUGAUUCAGAAUGGCAGAUCGACCGACAUGCUUGCAGAAGCCGUGCACGGAGAUCUUUCGCGCAAGGUGAUCCAGCUAUCAUUCAUUGGUUGCCUUCUUCUCUGUGACUCGGAUUUGGAGCUCCUGAUACACCAUCUUCCUGCUCACCUGCGAAUCUUAAGAUUGGACCUGAGCUUUUCCGGCCUUCAGACCUUGGACUGUCUAUCAGCCCCUCCACUGAGCUCCUUGAAGGAGCUGAACCUGCGUUUCACGGGGGCAGAGCACCUGUGGAGUGUCAAAGGCCUUGAAGCUGCUUUGCAGGAAAUGGAGAAGUUGGCGUACUUGGAGCUGUGGUUCAUGAACCUGCCACAUCUCAAAGAACUGCCCCUCCUUUUCCCGAAGUCAUUGUGCCACCUGGACGAGUUGAUCUUCGUUUUGCACGGAUGCAACGAAGUCUCGCUCGAGAUGAGGAUAGAGAUGAAUGCAUCCAUCCAGUCUCUGAAGAGGUACCGGGGCAGACACUUAGAGACUUGGGUCACCAUCGAACAUCUGCCGGUGGCGCACAGCGAACGCGGACGCUGCUGCAGAAUGCUGAGGUCUAUGUCUUCUCGCUGCCUCCAUUCGUUUCGGCGACGGCUGCGGCAACAUGCCUAUAUAUCGGCGUCUUCGUUCCCCAAGCCAAUCCUGCUGGGUCGGUCAACAGCGACCAGCAGUGAUGAAUCCUGUGAAGACACCAGCAGUGAUGAAUCCUGUGAAGACACGGAAACCGAGGUCACCGGACAUGACAAUAUGAGAGCUCAUGCUGUAGGAGAUUACGUGGAUGAAACCAAACCUUUCCCCUGCAGCUAUGCUGGAUGCAAGUUCUUUCAUGAUGCAGAGAGCGGGUAUUGCUCGAAGCAUCGUUGGUUUGGCGUUUGCAUGAAGGCCUUCGCUUUGUUGAGCGCUCUGCGCCAAUAUGUUGAGCUUGCAUCACUGGUCCAUAGAGCUGCUUUGUUGAACGCUCUGCGCCAAUAUGUUGAGCUUGCAUCACUGGUCCAUACGCUAGCCACUGUUCGGUUCGGGUGGUAUUACAAGAUGUUCUUUCUGCUCGCAGUCGGUUUGUAUUAUUCCAGCUGGUCUGCAGAAGUGCGUGUGAUGGUGCUGCUUGCAAUGAUUUUUCUGGUCCCUUUGUUGCUUUUGCUCUGGGCAUGCACAGCUUCAGCACGCAUCAAUCGGAUGAGAGAAAUCUCCAUGGAGCUGGAAGUGCAGACAGAGGCAGUUUAUGCGAAGAACCUCAGGACAGGAUUACCCAUGUUCUUUAGUUGGCCUAGGAACACCGACAUUGUUCAGCCCCAUGUGAGCAGCUUGCAAGAACACUACUUGCAUGCGAGAAGACAGCUGGAGCAGUUCAAUCGAGAACUAUGCCUGCCGCUGCGUGAAUUCUUGGAGGAUCAAGGCUGUCAGUCAUAUCAGUUUUUGGGGCCAGCAUUGAAGUCGAUACUGUUAGCUCAUGAAGCUGUCAUGAAGCACGGUGAUCCUGCCCGGAUUCUGGAUUUGUUGCAUUGUGAUGUGACAUUUGAUGACUGGCAUAGUAUGGUGCAAGCUUGGUCUUUCUUGAAGACAAGGGUUGAAACUGAUGAGCUGAGUGGGAUUCAGAUUGUACA